AUGGAUGUCAAAUGUCGACAAGAAGUUGUUUCGCAAUACUCCGUCGAAGUAAGAUUUGCUUCACGCCACUCGACGUUCGAGACUGCCAUCCAGGCGUUGGUCUUCAAGUCGUUGAUUGGCCAUCUCCCGACCCAUCGAGUGAUACCUGGCAUUUGGAAACAUUUGAAAGGCCUUUCUUUAGCUGAUCCUCAUCUCUAUGAGCCUGCACCCAUAGACUUACUGCUCGGUAGUGAAGUUUGCGCCGAAAUACUCCUUCCUGAAAUAAGACGUUCGGCAAAUAGAGAUGGACCAAUAGCACAAAACACCGAACUGGGGUGGGUUGUAUUCGGGAAAGUUUCAGCCGAAAUUCCUGAGCAAGUUCGAAGCUUCGUUCAAAUUACUGACCUGAGUUCGCAGUUGGAGAAGUUUUGGAAGAUGGAGGAGAUGCCUUUUCAGAAGCAAGAUACUGAAGAAAACACUGUUUGCGACAAUCAUUUUGAGCGGCACACAACACGUUUACCUAACGGGCGUUACGAAGUGAAGUUACUGUUUAAAGGUGAAAAGCAUCCAGAAAUGGGAUCUAGUAGAGAAAACGGUUUUCGACGAUUUCUAUCCAAAGCUGGCUGA